AUGAUCAUUGAGAAUGUGAAUGCAAAUGUUUAUACUUCAACUGUCUGCUCAGGCCAGCACGGAAUCUACUCGGGUGGCGGAUAUGUUGUACCGUUUAGUCAGGAUGAUCUUGGAGCAAUAGAGGACGCACUUACCAAGCUCUUCAAAUCAGACUGGAUUGAUCAAUUAACAAAAUGCAUAUUUGUGGAAUUCACGCUGUAUAAUGCUGCGUCCGAUCAUUUCACCAAUGUCAUUAUUGCGUUUGAGUUUGCCAAUUUUGGAGUCAUAUAUCCUUCGGCCUUCAUCAAUUCUGCGAAUCUAUUAAACCAACAACUGAAAGAACAACUAUGGCUACAGUUAAGUGAGGGUAUUAUGGUGAUAUCUGCGUUAUUUUACGCAUUUGUGGAAAUACAAAAUUAUCGUAAACUUGGCUUCAAGAAGUACUUUGGAAAUCUCUGGCGCUGUUUGGAGGCAUUUACAGUAAUUCUUACCUGUGCUGUGGGAAUCGUCUUCUUUUUGAGAUAUUAUGAAUUUGUGGAGAUCCUGAAGGACUUUCAGAAAUAUGGGCACACGCGUUUCCUGAACUUCGAGGCUGUAUUUCAGAUGCACGAACAUCUACACAUAUCCCUGGCAGUGUUAGGCGGGGUCGUCAUCUUUAAGAUGUUGAAAGUGACAGCGUUCAACCCUUUAGUGGUGAUAACAUUCAGGUCGUUCCUCAAUGCCCACGCCGACCUGUAUGGUUUGCUGCUUGUGACCGCCAUAUUGUUUUGUGCAUUUGCUGUCACGGGAAUACUUCUCUUUGGGGCCAUUGUGCGAUCGUAUCGGUCCGUUACUAUUAGUUUGUUUACUCUUCUCUUUUUUAUUAUGGGAGAGUCAGAAUAUGAUUCUUUGGUAGCAGCUGAUGUUUUUCUAGGACGCAUAUAUUUCCUCAUGGUGACAGUUUCAUCUCAGUAUAUCAUUGUUAAUUUUUUCUGUUCUAUUUUGUAUGAAGGGUUUGAGCUUACUAGAUACAUGGCAUUCAGGAGGGAGCAAGAAACUAUCAAGUACAUGGGGAAUAGAAUUAAAUUCUAUUUAGGAUUUGGACCUAAAAACGUGAAAUCAAACAAGUCUAGAAAGGCAGACAAAUAA